AUGGGGACUGAGCACGUGGAGGUAAUCCCCAAGGAAGAAGUUUCUGAAGAACCUGAGCCACAUGUGGCAGCGCCAGAGAAACUUCCCAAGGUGGUUUGCCAGGGCCGGAAGUUUGGAGGCGCCCGGGCAGAAGACGCGGUGGAGAGGCACUUGAGAGCGUCCUUGGACGAGAGCGCGGAGCAGGUGUCUCCUCGGGGGAGAGGCCUUGUGUCGGGGCUGAUCGCCUGUAAGAGGUCACCGUCGGGCGAGAAGUCCGGGGACAGCGACGAGAGCGAGUGUGUCUGCAGCCCCGGCCCGCACCCGCUCACGUCUCAGGCCGACCCCCCAGCCACGCCCGUCCGCGCCUGCGCCGCCUCCCGCCACAACCCCGUGGAGAGCUCAGAGUCUCACAAGGCCCGGAGGAGUCCUGUGGGAGAAAAGCCUCAUACGUGCAAAGAGUGUGGGAAGGCCUUUAAUCAGAACUCGCACCUCAUCCAGCAUCUGCGGGUCCACAGCGGAGAGAAGCCCUUCGAGUGCAAAGAGUGCGGGAAGACAUUCGGGACCAACUCCAGCCUGCGGAGGCAUCUGAGGAUCCACGCCGGGGAGAAGCCCUUCGCCUGCAGUGAGUGCGGCAAGGCCUUCAUCCAGAGCUCACACCUUAUCCACCAUCACAGGAUCCACACUGGGGAGCGGCCGUACAAGUGUGAGGAGUGCGGCAAGGCCUUCAGCCAGAAUUCGGCGCUCAUUCUGCACCAGAGGAUCCACACCGGGGAAAAGCCGUACGAGUGCAACGAGUGCGGGAAGACCUUCCGGGUUAGCUCGCAGCUCAUCCAGCACCAGCGCAUCCACACGGAGGAGCGGUACCACGAAUGCAGCGAGUGCGGCAAAGCCUUCAAGCACAGCUCGGGCCUCAUCCGGCACCAGAAAAUCCACACCGGAGAGAAGCCCUAUCUGUGUAACGAGUGCGGGAAGGGCUUCGGCCAGAGCUCGGAGCUGAUCCGCCACCAGAGAAUCCACACGGGGGACAAGCCGUACGAGUGCAGCGAGUGUGGGAAGACGUUCGGCCAGAACUCGGAGAUCAUCAGACACAUUCGGAUUCACACCGGCGAGAAGCCCUACGUGUGCAAGGAGUGUGGGAAGGCCUUCCGGGGGAACUCGGAGCUUCUGAGGCACGAGAGGAUCCACACCGGCGAGAAGCCCUACGAGUGCUUUGAGUGUGGGAAGGCCUUCAGGCGGACCUCCCACCUCACGGUCCACCAGAGGAUUCACACGGGGGAGAAGCCUCACCAGUGCAACGAGUGUGCAAGAACCUUCUGGGACAGCUCGGAGCUGCUUCUCCACCAGAAGAUUCACGUUGGGGAGAAGCCGUACGAGUGCGCCGAGUGCGAGAAAGCCUUCGGCCAGCAUUCCCAGCUUGUUCUCCACCAGAGGACGCACACAGGCGAGAAGCCGUACGAGUGCCAGGAGUGCCGGAAGACCUUCAGCAGGAGCUCCCACCUCCUCCGACACCAGAGCGUCCACUGUGCGGAGUGA